CCCCAGAUUCCCCAGCUUCUUUCUUGUUUUUUCCCAGCAUCAGCUUCACUCACUUCUUCUUUCUCUCCAUACAAGGGAUCUUUCGACAUAUUAUCUCUUAUCUUGGACGACAGCAUGUCUUCACCAAAGGAUCUCGCUCAGGUUGAGCACAUCGAUCCCGACAAGAUGGCCUUUGACGAAGUUGAGCGCCCUGCUGCGCGCGAGGCCAAUGAUCGCGAACACACCCUCACUCUCCGCGAGGCACUUCGCCUGUAUCCCAAAGCCAUUUCCUUCUCCCUCCUUUUCUCAACGGCUAUCAUCAUGGAAGGUUAUGACUUGAGUUUGUUGGGUAGCUUUUACGGUUAUGAUGCAUUCAAGCAGAAAUUCGGUAACGAAGUCGACUCGAACGGAAAUCCUAUUGUUUCAGCCGAUUGGCAGACUUAUAUCCAAGUUGGUGGCAUGUGCGGCCAGAUCAUUGGUCUUUACAUCAACGGUUGGGUAUCUGAUGCUUUUGGUUACAAGAAGACCAUGUUGGCGAGUCAAGUACUCAUGAUUGGACUCAUCUUCUUUCCCUUCUUUGCGCCAAACCUUCAGGUCCUCUUGGCUGGAAACAUUCUUCUCGGUCUGCCCUGGGGUAUUUUCCAGACUCUCACUCUCGCAUAUGCUUCUGAUGUUGCGCCCGUUGUCCUAAGACCGUACCUCACUGCCUAUGUCAACCUUUGCUGGGUCAUCGGUCAACUCAUCGGUGCAGGCGUUCUUCGCGGGUUCAGCACCAUGGGUGGUGAUUGGUCUUACAGAAUCCCUUUUGCUCUGCAGUGGGCUUGGCCUCCGUUCAUCAUGCUUGGUACCCUCUUCGCUCCUGAGUCUCCUUGGUGGCUUGUGCGAAAGGAGCGAUACGAGGAUGCUAAGCGAUCUAUCCUUUCGCUCGUCACUCAGUGCGAUGUUCCUUUUGAUGCUGAUGCUCAGGUUGAGCUUCUGAAGGCUACCAACCAGAUGGAGAUUGAGAACUCUGCUGGAACAAACUACUGGCACUGCUUCAUGCGCAGCGAUCUUCGACGAACUGAAGUCGCUUCCAUCAGCUACACUGCCCAGGCUCUCUGCGGUAGCUCUCUCAUGGGCUACGCCGUUCAGUUCUACCUCGAAGCUGGUCUUUCCUCCGAGCGAGCUCUUGACUUCAACGUCAUUCAAUACUGUGUCGGUGCCGUCGGUGUCGUUCUAUCCUGGUUCCUCAUGUCUCGCUUCGGUCGUCGCCAUAUCUACAUCUGCGGUAUGGCAUCUCUCUUCUUCAUCCUCAUCGCCGUCGGAGCCCUCGGCUUCGCCAAGAAGACUGAGCAAACCGGUUGGGCCAUCGGUAGCUUGCUCGUCGUGUACACCUUUGUCUACGACAUGACCAUCGGCCCCAUUGCUUAUACCAUCGUCGCCGAGAUCUCAUCCACUCGUCUCAAGGCCAAGACUAUUGUGUUGGCCCGUAACUUCAGCAACAUCGCCGGUCUCGUCACCAACACCCUCAUGCCCCGCAUGCUCGGUCGCAACUCUUGGAACUGGGGCGCCAAGACUGGUCUGUUCUGGGCUGGAUGGUGUCUGUUGAUCUUCAUCUGGGCCUUCUUCCGCCUUCCUGAGCCCAAGGGUCGAACAUAUGGUGAGCUCGAUCUUCUCUUCGAGCACAAGGUUCCUGCGCGCAAGUUUGCUAGCACCAAGGUUGAUCAGUUCCCUACAUCUGGAUCAACAGAGAAGGUUCAGGAGGAAUAAAAAGUUAAAGACUUAUUGUAUUUAGAAAACGCGCCUGAAGACAUUGAAAUGAGUCAUUAUUUGUAUUCUAUAGCAAUUUAGCGCAAUACCUGAUAUCCAUUGAAACGGCACAUUGUCUCCUGCAAACGUGUUCC